CUCGGGAGGAGUGUGCGAGGCGCAGUUAUCAUCGCAGACUUCCCCAUCACUCACAGUCCCAGCGGUUCCGCAGGAAGACAGCUGUUAAUAACCCAACAAGCAUGUCUGGAACAUUAUAAGGUCAUUAGUCUACUAACCUCCAUAUGGAUUUACACACUUCUGUUUCUGCGAUUCGGCGCUUGCGCUUUUUCUUUUCUUUUUUUGUGACGAGAUUCACAAAAUAUUGGGCGAAUUCGGUUUAUGAACUCUGCGUUUCUCUCUGCGUGUGAUGGACAGGCGGCUAUUCAGCUCGAGCUGGGCUGGAGAGAGUAGAAAGUAAGCUCGUUUAAAACAAACAUCUGUCUUCAGGACUCCUGCUACAUCCCGAAGCGAAGGAGAAUGCUUUCGCUUUCAUAAACGGAGGAUCUGAGCGGUGUUUGAGGACACAGGAGGAGAGACAUGUCCAGCUCACAGAGAAGAGACUGAUCAGACAACACAGAAAGAUGCAGCUGUGGGGUCGAUCUCUGUGGCCGCUGCGGAUUGUGCUCUUGUUCACCUUGGUAAUGUGUUCGUGUGGGUUGGUUUCUGCGGGCACGCGGAGUCUGCGGGGACACACAUCACAGACAGAAAUGGGAGGAACAACAAAUCACACAUUGAAGACACUUUUUUU